GAGAGCUGGCCCAGGUGGGUGGUGGGCAGGAGCUGGCAGGAGCCGGCCCAGGGCUGCAGAAGUCCAGGCGUGGGCUCGGUUUGUCCUUUGAUGCCUCUGCGCCCGAGUCUGCUUUGGGAAGGCUAGUUGUCUCCUUCGCUGUCUUUCCCCCAGGUGGGGGACAGCCAUGGCAGCCAGCGGUGGGGCCGACGGAGACCGCCCGGAUCUCAGUCGCUACGUGGUGAGCCGACCCAUCUACAACGAGCCCAACUUCCAGGAGGAGAACGAGAAGAAGCUGGUGGUGCCCAAAACGCUCCGCGAGCGAGUCCAGAAAUCCUGCAGCUGUUCGAGAAGAAAAGCCUUGCAAGUCACCAAGACCUUCUUCCCUAUUCUGGAGUGGCUGCCCAAGUACAGGAUUAAGGAAUGGCUCCUGAGCGACAUAAUUUCGGGCGUCAGUACGGGACUCGUGGCUACCUUACAAGGUUUGGCGUACGCCUUAUUGGCUGCAGUUCCCAUUGGAUACGGCCUCUAUUCCGCAUUUUUCCCCAUCCUGACGUACUUCUUCCUAGGAACAUCAAGACACAUCUCCGUCGGACCUUUCCCUGUGGUUAGUUUGAUGGUGGGCUCCGUAGUAUUAAGCAUGGUACCUGACAUGGAUAACAGUAACAUGACGGGGGUGAACGGAACAACCGGGGUAGUCAUGGCCUCCACAGACGCCCAGCGGGUCCUCAUUUCCAGCACUGUGACCUUCCUGGUUGGCAUAAUCCAGCUAGUGUUUGGAGUACUUCAAAUCGGUUUUAUUGUAAGGUACCUUGCUGAUCCGUUGGUUGGUGGAUUUACAACAGCUGCUGCUUUUCAAGUAUUUGUUUCACAGCUGAAAAUUGUGCUGAACGUUUCAACCAAAAACUACAACGGAGUCCUUUCCAUAAUCUACACGCUGAUAGAAAUAUUUGAAAAUAUUAGAACCACCAAUAUAGCUGACCUAGUGGCGGGGCUGCUGACCAUUGUGGUGUGCAUGGCUGUCAAAGAGAUUAACGACCGCUUCAGGCACAAGAUCCCAAUUCCCAUUCCGAUAGAAGUGAUUGUGACUAUCGUUGCCACGGGCAUUUCCUACGGAGUGGACCUUGAGAAGAAAUAUAAUGCAGGGAUUGUGAAAACUAUUCCUAGAGGGUUUUUGCCUCCUCAACGUCCAGCGGUGGAGAAGUUUGGAGAGAUGCUGGCCUCGUCAUUUUCCAUUGCGAUUGUCGCUUACGCUAUCGCCGUCUCAGUAGGGAAAGUCUAUGCCACCAAGUAUGAUUAUUCCAUUGAUGGAAAUCAGGAAUUUAUUGCCUUUGGAAUCAGCAAUAUCUUUUCAGGAGCCUUUUCUUGCUUUGCUGCAACCACCGCGCUCUCUCGCACUGCGGUCCAAGAAAGCACAGGUGGAAAAACUCAGGUGGCCGGUAUAAUCUCAGCGCUUAUUGUACUAAUUGCUAUUGUCGCUUUGGGGAAACUGCUGGAACCGCUGCAAAAGUCUGUUUUGGCAGCUGUGGUCAUUGCGAACUUAAAAGGGAUGUUCAUGCAAGUUUGCGAUGUCCCUCGUUUGUGGAGGCAGAGCAAAGCAGACGCAAUGAUCUGGAUUUUCACGUGUGUAGCAUCCAUCAUCCUGGGAUUGGAUUUGGGAUUACUUGCUGGUUUGGUAUUUGCCCUGCUGACGGUGGUGCUGAGAGUUCAGUUUCCUUCCUGGGGUAAACUUGCUAACGUUCCUGGCACGGAUCUGUAUAAGAACAUCAAAGAAUACAAAAAUGUGGUGGAACCCGAAGGAGUGAAGAUCCUCAAGUUUUCGAGUCCCAUUUUUUACGCUAAUAUCGAUGGCCUAAGAAGCAGUGUCAAAUCUACCGUGGGGUUUGACGCUGUGCGGGUGUACAACAAAAGACUGAAGGCGCUGAGGAAAAUACAGAAGCUAAUCAAGAAAGGAAAAUUAAAAGCCACAAAAAAUGGCAUUAUCAGUGAUUUGGGUACUGUGAAUGAGGGUUUUGAAUCUGAUGAUGAUCCAGAAGACCCAGUUGAUCCAGACAUUCCAACCAAAGAAAUGGAGAUCCAGGUGGAUUGGAACGCAGAACUUCCCGUCAAAGUGAAUGUUCCUCAAGUGUCCCUCCACAGCCUCAUUUUUGACUUUGGAGCCGUCUCUUUCCUGGAUGUAGUAGCGGUCAGAGUAAUGAAAACAAUUGUCAAAGAGUUCAAGAGAAUUGAUGUGUCAGUAUACAUCGCAUCACAUCUAGACCACAUUAUUAAAACAUUAGAACACUGUGCCUUUUUUGAUGAUGACAUUCAAAAAGAAGUAUUUUUCCUGACUGUACACGAUGCUGUACUACAUAUACAGAGUCAAGUCAUGUAUAGAGAGGCCCAAGACCCUAUAGCUGAAAAGAUAUCCUUGAUGCAGGAAUCAAAAGAACCGAUAGAAUUUCCAGAAACUUACCAGAGUGAAGAGCUGGAUGUUCAAGAAGAGGCUAUGCGCAGACUUGCUUCCUAAAGGACAGCUUCAGGCUUGGGAAGAACCAUGGACAGCGUACAUCAAUACUUCAAGUAUCAUGGGACACACUCUGUUGCACUAGGAGAAAAUAUUUAUGUUAUUCAAGAGACUUCCUUCUUUCCCUGCAUCCUAUAAUUUAUUUAAAUUAUUGGUCAACCUGUUCGGUACCAAAUUGCUUCGGAACCGGUUUGCAGAAUUGUUAAAAAAAACAUCGUAGGCCCAGCUAUUGCAAACGGGGGCGCCCAUGCAUAAUGUAUUUGUGUGUUAUUGUAAUUUUGAUACACAGAAGCAGUUGCAGGAAAGGAAAUGUAGUUCUCAGGUAACACCAGGCAACAGGUGCUGAUCUCAGCGGUACCCAAGUGCUACCCAUCCUGCUGGAACUAUGUUUGUGGCAGGCGAAUAAUGCAAUAAUCUUGAAGCACAAAACUGGCCUCAGAAGCUAGCUUAAAACACAUUGAGUGCAUUUAAUCGCUUCCACAGAAAUCAGAGAGUUCGCUUUAAGUAUCUGAUUUUUUUUCCUGCAAGGUUUAAAUCAAGGGAGAUCAAAGUUUGCUUGAAAAGUAUUUCCUGAGAAGAAUCCAAAGGAGAACACAUUUCCAGCACAUUUUACAUUACUGCAUUACAAAAUGUUCUUUUCCCAUGUAGUGGUGUAUCUUCACCCUUUACCUUCUAUAAUGUUUCUCAACUUCGGCAACUUUUAAGAUUUAUCGACGUUAGCCCCAAAAUUCCUCCUGCUGGCUAGGGAAUUCUUGAUGUAUGGACUUCAACUCCCAGAAUUCCUCACCCAGCAUGCUGA